CGAUGAGAUUAUCGUUCGUUCCCCACCUCUACCUAAUUCGCUUGUAAAAAAUGCACAGCAAUAACAAAUAAACAAUUAGCAGCGAUACAAAACUUCUCGCCAUUACGUGGACCUAAGCUGAGGUGGCGGCGGAAAAUCGUGCAAUAUUUCACCCACCAGUUUGUUGGCCCAGGAACACUCAAUUAAGAACCCCGAAGCACACACACACUCAUGCAGCCGCGCACAGGAGACAACAAACGCACACACAGGCGCAAGUUGUAGGAGCACCCAGGAAGAAGAAGAACCAAAAGAACGAAACUUCCCCGUGGCGGCGAAGGUCACUCAGAGGAAGGAAUAGAACGCGGAGGAGAAGGCGGAGCAGCAACAGCACUCAGCCCCUAAAUGGCCGAUGGAAAUGGGCUGCCAGCGGGUGCAGCUUCCGGCGGCAUGGAGACCGGACAGACAGUGAAUGGAGCCGGGUCGGCCAGCCCCACGCCCACUUCCAGUUCGGGGGCGGCGGUGGGUGCUAGUGGGAGUGCCAAUCAAGGAUACCAUCAAUUAAGUGUGACAAUCGAGGAGGCUUCGCUGCGCAACAAUGGCUUCCUCAAGCCAAAUCCCUAUGUGGAGCUCCUGAUCGACAGCAAAAGCAAGCGAAAGACGGACCUGGUCAAGAACAGCUAUCUGCCCAAAUGGAACGAGGAGUUCACAGUGCUGAUCACACCCAACUCCACACUGCACUUUAAGGUGCUGGAUCACUCGAGUUUCCGCAAAGAUGCCAUGCUGGGGGAGCGGAUCAUCAACCUGGCGCACAUCCUGCAGCAUUACAAUGGGCGCUGUGAGUUCCUCGAGCUGACCAUCGACCUGUUCGUCACCAGCAAGUCGGACAAUCGCCAAACGAAGAGCGGCGAGCUGGUGGCCAUUCUCAAUGCUAAACUGGACAUGAGCAAGCUGCAAAUUCAACCGGCGGCAGUCCAGCAGAAUGGAAAUCCACCCGUCCAGGCUGUAAAUCCGUCUGUGGUUAGUGAAGCGGCCUCCGGACGCAGCUGUAUGAUUUACGGUGGAGUGCGAGCACGAAUGCGACUUCGCUCGAGUAGCGGCAACAGCAAUGGCGGUGAAAGUCGCUCGCCCCUGCCGAAUGGAGGUGCAGAAUCCCGGAGAUCUGCGCCAGCUCCGCCAGUGUGGGAGCAGCAGCAGCAGCAGCAGUCCCAGAAUCAACCGCAGCCCUUGCGGAUGGUCAAUGGCAGUGGGGCGGCGGUGCCGCAGACAGCGCCGUAUCCCCAGCAGCCGCCAGCUCCCGCACUUGCACGUCCUCUGACCCAAGUUUACGGAGCGCUGCCAGAGAACACCCCACCAGCUGCGGUCUAUCUGCCAGCGGCAGGAGGAGGAGCAGGAGUUGCGGGUCCACCCAUGGAACAGCCGGGAGUUGGCUUGCCUGUGAGCCAAAGCACAGAUCCGCAAUUGCAGCCGCAACCGGCGGACGACGAGCCAUUGCCGGCUGGCUGGGAAAUCCGAUUGGAUCAGUAUGGCCGAAGAUACUAUGUGGAUCACAACACACGAUCCACUUACUGGGAGAAACCGACGCCACUGCCUCCGGGCUGGGAGAUCAGGAAAGAUGGACGCGGACGAGUGUACUAUGUGGAUCACAACACGAGGAAGACCACCUGGCAGAGGCCGAACAGUGAGCGUUUGAUGCACUUCCAGCAUUGGCAGGGUCAGAGGGCCCACGUUGUGUCCCAGGGCAAUCAGCGAUACCUGUACUCCCAGCAGCAACAGCAGCCCACAGCGGUGACCGCGCAAGUGACGCAGGACGACGAGGAUGCACUGGGACCGCUGCCAGAUGGCUGGGAAAAGAAGGUCCAGUCGGACAAUCGAGUGUACUUUGUUAACCAUAAGAAUCGCACCACGCAGUGGGAAGAUCCACGCACCCAGGGUCAGGAGGUGAGCCUGAUCAACGAGGGUCCGCUGCCACCUGGCUGGGAGAUCCGCUACACGGCCGCCGGCGAGCGCUUCUUCGUCGAUCACAAUACGCGUCGCACCACCUUCGAGGAUCCUCGACCGGGCGCACCAAAGGGGGCCAAGGGCGUGUACGGAGUGCCACGCGCCUACGAGCGCAGUUUCCGCUGGAAGCUCUCGCAGUUCCGGUACUUGUGCCAGAGCAACGCUCUGCCAUCGCACAUUAAGAUCACUGUGACGCGACAAACCUUGUUCGAGGACUCCUACCACCAGAUUAUGCGUCUGCCCGCCUACGAACUGCGUCGGCGUCUCUACAUCAUAUUCCGUGGCGAGGAGGGACUGGAUUACGGUGGGGUAUCACGCGAGUGGUUCUUCCUGCUCUCCCACGAGGUCCUUAACCCGAUGUACUGCCUGUUUGAGUACGCCAACAAGAACAACUACAGCCUUCAGAUAAAUCCCGCCUCGUAUGUGAAUCCCGAUCACCUGCAGUACUUCAAGUUCAUCGGUCGCUUCAUCGCGAUGGCCCUGUAUCACGGAAGGUUUAUCUACAGUGGAUUCACAAUGCCUUUCUACAAGCGCAUGCUGAACAAGAAGCUGACCAUCAAGGACAUCGAGACCAUCGAUCCGGAGUUCUACAACUCGCUUAUCUGGGUAAAGGAUAAUAACAUCGAUGAGUGCGGCUUGGAGCUGUGGUUCAGCGUGGACUUUGAAGUACUCGGCCAGAUUAUCCAUCACGAGUUGAAGGAGAAUGGAGAAAAGGAGCGGGUGACCGAGGAGAACAAGGAGGAGUACAUCACGCUAAUGACCGAGUGGCGAAUGACGCGCGGCAUUGAGCAGCAGACAAAGACGUUCCUGGAAGGCUUCAACGAGGUGGUGCCGCUGGAGUGGCUCAAGUACUUUGAUGAGCGCGAGCUGGAGCUGAUCCUGUGCGGCAUGCAGGACGUGGACGUGGAGGACUGGCAGCGCAACACUAUCUACAGGCACUACAACCGCAACUCCAAGCAGGUCGUCUGGUUCUGGCAGUUUGUUCGCGAGACGGAUAACGAGAAGCGCGCUCGUCUACUGCAGUUUGUGACGGGCACGUGUCGUGUGCCGGUUGGCGGAUUCGCCGAGCUGAUGGGCUCCAAUGGGCCACAGCGCUUCUGCAUCGAGAAGGUGGGCAAGGAGACGUGGCUGCCGCGCUCGCACACCUGCUUCAAUCGAUUGGACCUGCCGCCGUACAAGAGCUACGAUCAGCUGGUGGAGAAGCUGACCUUUGCCAUCGAGGAGACUGAGGGCUUCUGCCAGGAAUGAGUGGCAGUCGAUUUGUGGUCGGUUUGUUGAUUAAUGUUUAAUUCCAGUUGAGCGCCUGCGUUACCGUCCUUCCCCCCCUGUCAAUCCCCCUACCUAUGCCCCAAUUUCCUCAAAUCCCCUUCCCCCUUCGACGACCACGUUGCGUUAAAUAGUUACUGUUAUUAUUAUUACAUACGUAUGUACUACUACUGUAUACUGUAAACACAAAACACACACUUUUGUCUGACUAUUCCUAUGUUCGCUACAACUAGGCCUUGAUUAAGUUUAGUUACCAUAUCAAAUGAAAGUGUCUAAAGUGCAAAAGAAUGAAUUUAUGUAUUGAGAGCCUAUUUAAAGUAAUUUAUAAUUUGAUUAUAUAUUUUACAAUUCCCUUUUGUAAAUUUAAUACAUAUGUUUUUUGAGUAAGACUUUCCUGUUCAUUACUUUUUAUCUUAUCUUUAAAUGUAAUUGUUGAGAUAUUUUUUCAAUUAAUGUUUUGUUUGUAGAUUGAACGGCAAUACACUAAACCACCUUCAAGUUCAGCUUAACUUUGUUAAAUUUUUAAAUAAUACUUAAUGCACUUUUGGUAUCCCGAUUUGUUCAAGGAAUAGUUGUAUACAAACAGUUUUGUAGCGUCCCUCCGUUUUAGCUCACAAAAAGCUGCUCAGCAAUCGCAACCAAAUGUUACGUUUUUGCCAUAAGAUUGCACUCCUCUGAUUGCUUCUAGUUCAAUUGUACAACGAGCCACGGCUUGCAUGUUUUUAGCCACUUUAUUGGUGAAUUUAUAUUUACACUUAUAUUUAUAUUUAUACGUCCCACUUGUAAAUAGUUUACUCAACCAAAUUCAAAUUCGAAUUGUUGAGUUUGGUUUACUGGCAAACUGUUUUUAACUGUUCAAUUGUUUAUCACGUAUCACGUUUACACAAGAAAUCUAAAUAGAAACUAUAUUUUAAAUAUGUAUAUCCACACUAACGAACACACCACACACACAGGAGAUAUCGUGAGAACUUGAAACACCGCAAAGCAAAAGCAAACAAAAUACGUUAGGAUUUUAACAGACAAACAAGAGAAUACACUUAAACCAAUAAUAAAUUCAAAUAGCAAUAAUUGUUGUUAACAAAACUAAAGGGUAGCAAAAAAGAGAUCAACGGCAGCGAUACAUAUAUAUUAAUUGUGCUACAUAAACUGUGCAGACUAAGACAAAUCGGAGAAUAAGGAGGAAGACGACGUAUAUAGGGUUGAUUGUGUACGAUUACAUAUUAAAUAUAUAUUAUAUAUUAAAUAGAUUUUAUUUAGUUUAAUGCAAUGUGUACUGUAUUAUAUAAAAUAAAUGCAAAAUUAUUUAGUGAUA